AUGAGUUUACCAUUGACACAAGAAAAUAUACAACUACAUGAUUUAAAUAAAUCAUCAACAACAUUACCUUUAAAUUCACAACCUACAAAUCAAUCAAACUAUAAAUUACAUCCAAGUUCAAAACACAUAUUAAAAAAAUUAUAUUUUGCAUUAAUUCUAGAAACUAUUAUUUCAAUAACUAUAUAUUAUCAUUAUGAUAAAAUUUCAGUAAUACAUCAACAUUUAGCACCAACACUUUUAGGUUGUUCAUCAGGUGCAUUAGCACAAUCUAUAAAUCAAUUUAUGAAGAAAAAAUUCACACUUAAUAAAAUUUUCAAAUUUAUGAUUUGGGGUAGUAUAAAUGGAUAUUUUACAGUUACUUGGAUAAAUUUACUUAUAUUAAAUUUUGAUAAUUUAAUUUAUAGAAUUAUAAUUGAUCAACUAGUUGGAGCACCUAUAUUUCAAUUAAUUUUUAAUAUCUUAAAUACUUUGUGGGAUCAUGGUGAAUUAUUUUCCAAAAAUCCUAAACAAGCUUAUUUAAAAUCUUUAAAAUAUAGUUAUUGUUAUUGGCCAUUUUUCAGUGUAUUUUCAUUUGUAUUCGUACCUCAAACUAUGAUGUUUCCAAGUAAUUGUUUAGCAAAUUUAAUCUGGAAUUUGAUAUUGAGUAAAUUAGCAUAA